AGAAAAAAAAGUUUCGUACUAGUGUACUACUAAUAAAAAUAAAGCCCCAACAAGUAGGGAUCGGAAGAAAGGUUACAAAACUCUAAAACAAAGACCGGUGAAUACCAUCGAAACCCACAAGUGCAAGAACUAUUUUAUCUAUAAAUAUAUCCAAACUCUCAAACUUUCUUCCCAUUCAGCCCCUUCUCUUAUUUUUUUCAUCUAGAAAAGGAAAAAACAAUUUAAAAAAAUGCCUUCAUCUUCAAUUGUUGUCAUUUCCAAAAGCACAGUUUACCCAGAAUGUGAAUCCAACCACCCCAAACACUUGAAGCUAUCUGUUUCGGAUCUUCCCAUGUUGUCCUGUCAGUACAUCCAGAAGGGCGUCUUACUGCCCCAACCUCCGCCGGACUCCGCCGCCUUGAUCUCUCUCCUCCAGCUCUCUCUCUCCAAGACUCUCACCCACUUCUCCGCCCUCGCCGGCCGCCUCCACACCGACGUUAACGGCCAUGUGUAUAUCAACUCAAACGCCGAAGGCGUUGACUUUGUACAUGCAAAAGCCCCCCAUCUCACCGCCGCCGUUCUUCUCCCUCCCGCCGCCGCCGACAUUCCGGCGAGCUUCCGUAAGUUCUUUCAGCUGGACAACACUCUCAGCUACGCCGGGCAUUCCAAGCCGUUGCUGGCUGUGCAGGUGACGGAGAUGGCCGACGCCGUCUUCGUCGGGUGCACCAUGAAUCACGCCGUCGUCGACGGGACGUCGUUCUGGAACUUCUUUAACACUUAUGCCGAGAUUUGCCGGGGAGCGGAGAAGAUAAGCAGAGUGCCGUUCUUCGGCCGCGAUACCGUGUUUGACUCGCCGGCGGUUCUUAAGUUUCCCGCCGGCGGCCCGGCCGCGACUUUCUCCGGGGAUGAGUCUAUACGGGAGAAGUUAUUCCAUUUCAGCAGGGAGGCUAUAUUGAAGCUCAAGUCUAGAGCUAAUAACGGAAAAUUAUGUAACGGAAAGAUAACGCCCGUUAAUGAAGAGUCGGGUUUAGAAAACGGCGCGGCUCCGAAGCUGGCGGCUUGGGAGGUUUCGUCUUUCCAGUCUUUAUGCGCUCAGCUGUGGAGGUCCGUGACACGAGCAAGAAAGCUGGAGGGAACCAAAACGACGACGUUUAGAAUGGCUAUAAACUGCAGGCACCGGCUCGAGCCGCGGCUUGAGCCGUUAUACUUCGGUAACGCUAUUCAAAGCAUUCCCACCGUUGCCGUUACAGGGGAGCUGUUAUCUCAUGACUUGGGCUGGGCCGCCGACAUGUUACACCAUAAUGUGGUGGCCCACGAUAAUGCUACUGUGCGAUGCGGCAUACGGGACUGGGAGAGCAACCCACGGUUGUUUCCUCUGGGGAAUUUUGACGGUGCGAUGAUCACCAUGGGGAGCUCACCAAGAUUCCCGAUGUACGACAACGAUUUCGGGUGGGGCCGCCCAUUGGCGGUCCGGAGCGGGACCGCCAAUAAGUUCGAUGGCAAGAUAUCUGCCUUCCCCAGCCGGGAGGGGAACGGUAGCAUAGAUCUUGAGGUCGUUUUGGCCCCGGAGACUAUGGAUGGACUUGAGAAGGACAUGGAGUUCAUGCAUUAUGUCUCUUGAGUCUAUAAGACAAUAAUAUUCUUGUUCAAGACUUUAAGUACUGCGCAAAGUACUUUUUUUUAACCUUAAUAGUACAUUCCAUGAGUAAAAAUGGAUGUUAAGAUUAAGAGUUGUAAUCCUACAAAAACUCUUUCUUUUUUACUCGGUAAUAAUAAUAAUAAUCUGAGUUCAUAA